GAGUUUAAUAACAAUGGCAAUGCACGCGCUAAUAAUCAGACAGUGCACGCAAUAACUUCAAAACAGGUGCAGUAACCAUAUUCAAAACUAUCACAGAGUAAAUUGCGGUCUUGAAACAUCCACUUCCCUUCAACUAAAUCUCGAGACCAGCGCCCAACAUGAUUUGAUUCGUUUAGUUCAGAUGGGCAAGUAAACAGAACACUGGAAUUAGCUGUUGUUUGGAGGACAAUUCUGUGAGUCAGAACAAUCCCCUCUAUUUCUCAUCUGACUGACUGGAAAGCUGAACUAAGUAUUUUAGUCCAAGCCUUACUUCGCAGAACCGACUGUGUUAGACAAAAAUAUAUAGCAGAGAAGUGUCUUCAUCGACAACUCACAUCUUGGUGAAAGAUCAUGGUAUUUCUUUCAGCACUAUCUCUGUUGUCGUUAAUGUUCCUCAAAGUUAGCACUCAGCAAUGCGGCAUAGACAGUUACUCAGUCUAUCAAAGGAUGCUCAAGGGCCAUACGUUUAAGACAGUAAAGGCCAGACCACUGUUACUCGACUGUAAAGAGGCCUGCACAACUGACUACAGGUGUCAAAGCUACAACUACGAUUGGUCUCAGAGCAUAUGCGAAUUAAAUAACCGAACCAGGGAGGCAAGACCUAAUGACUUUGUUAGAAAUGAAAACAGAUAUUACGUGCGAGAACCACAUAAAGUUUCUCUCGGUUCCAUUCCUGAGUUACCAGCUGACUCAUGUGCAGAGAUUAAAGCGGACGAAGGAGGUCACGCAGUCAGUGGUAGCUACUGGCUGGAUCUCACAAAAUCUGGAAACUCUACUUUGGUACUCUGUGACAUGACAACUGGAGUUGCUGACUUCUGCAGCGAUAAUCGGUGUGUUAACAGUGCAACCUGUGUCAACCGUAAAAUGAACUACACGUGCUCGUGUAAAACGGGGUGGACUGGUAGCUACUGUGAACGAGAUGUGGACGAGUGUACUGAGAUACCUGGUGCCUGUCCGGUUCAGUCGGCGUGUGAGAACUCAUUGGGUUCUUACCAUUGCAUCUGUCAGUCUGGUUGGAGGAAUGUAGGCCCCCAUAAUUGCUCGGAAAUUCACGAGUGUCCUGAGGAAUUCAAUCACAGCUGCCCACCAAAGUCCGACUGUAUCAUCAAGGGUGGAAACAAUUCUUACGAAUGCCUGUGUCACUUCUGCCACUACAUGUCUAAUGAUACAAGAACAUGCCUUCCUGAUUGUCGGGAGGAAACCACAUUUUACUACGUAACAGGGUACACCAAAAUCAAGACAUUCUACACUGAGAAAUGUGGUUGGUGGGGAUGGUUCAGAUGCAUAAAAUUAAAGUUCAAGACAGUUUCAAAAAAGUUGAAAAUAUCUCAGCAGAACUGGGUUCCCAACCGCGAUGGCGCAAAAUGUCCUUGCCCCUGAUAGGUGUUGGCUGGUGAAGACUUCUGCUAUCAGACAACACUAUCGCAUGGAAAGGAACUUAGCAAUCAUUUUCUUUUUUUCUUUUUUUUUUACAACAGACUUUUCAAAAAAAAUUACCACUUAAGAUCGAACUUAAAAGCUAUUACAUUUUACUGGAAUUUCAUACCAUCACCUGCAAAGGCGUCUCAUGGCUGGCCAUCUUAAAAAGUUUCGGACGAAGUAACCGGCAACUUGAAAAGAUUUGGGACACUUAUGUGACUAAGGGUGCAUGCCUUAACUCAAAAAAUGAACUUGUCUGUUAGUUUUAACAAUUUCAGUCUUUCGGCUGAAGCGAUGUUCCGCAGUCUUUUUCCGAUUUUUUUUAUAUAUUUAUUUAACUUGAAUUUGGAAUAGAUAAUUAUUACUAGCUAGAAUUCGAGGUCCGUAAUGCAAGUUACGGACCGAGUAUUUCCGCUCGGAUCCCUCGCCCGCGCAAUUUGUGCUUGAGCCAUAAAUACGUGCAGGAAAAAGCGAGGAUCCAUAAUUUAAUGCACAUAUCGAGAAAACGAGGUUAGAAGGAUCUUUAUUAUAUCCUGGGUUCAAAUAGAGGGCAAAGAUUUCAAUUCAAACAAAUUUUUUAAUUUAGCGGGCUGUACAGUGAAAUAUGGCCCGCUAAAUUGACUGAUUAUAGCACGCGCACCACGAGAUAUAACACGACAGACUUCCUAUCCAGGUACGUAACUGCAACUGUGUAUUUGGAACACACUGUUCAAUUUGUUAUAUGACGUAUCGAGUCCAUUUUCUUGUAGAAAAAGUCAAUUGUUUAGAAUUGAUUUAAUUAUGGGUUUGGUUCGGUUUCUCUAGAUUAGUCGUCGUUUUGAUUGGUUGGCAAAAAGAUUCUGAGUUGCUUAAUUCUUUAUUUAAUAAUACUCGACGUGCUUAAAAAAUCGGACUUCUUUUAAUUUCCACGGUCGUCUGAUUGUUAAUCACUCAUACUACUUUAAACUGAAUUGAACUCAACUGAGUCCCUGUGACUGUAAAACGUUAUGCGUGUGCAAGUGUGUGCGUGUGUGUGCGUGCGUGCGUGCGUGCGUGUGUGUGUGUGUGUGUGUGUGUGUGUGUGUGUGUGUGUGUGUGUGUGUGUGUGUGUGUGUGUGUGUGUGUGUGUGGGGGGGGGGGGUAUUGUACUGAGCUGAAGUUCAUGUCAAAUUUCAGUUCUUAAUUCCUCCUAGUGGAAGGAGGGUGUUGCAGAAACUUCUUGUUUACUAUAAACCUCAUUUAAUACCUCCUUGGAAGUUGCUACAUUUGUGCGUAAGUGUUAAAGAACUUUUUAUUACAUUUGAAUGUGAUUAGAUCCCUUUCAGGUACCAAGAACCUACUAAAAGUACAAGACCUUUCGAAUUUGCCUCACCCCCAACACAAGGCUUUGUUGCUCUGUUGGUUGUGACGCCAAACUAGUAAAUGGGAGGCAUGAGUUGUAAUCACCUCCAAGCCUAAAAUUUUUCAAACUUCCUUUUCAUCAUUUAUUUCACUGCAGUUCACUUAAAAGGAUUAAUUCUCCACUACAACUGUUAUAAUUCAACUAAUUUUGUCGUGGAUUGAUUUGUAACUCAGCAGACAUGUAAUUAUACAGAUAGGUCACUAAAA